AGGACGAUUUUCACCCACUCAUUCCAUCAAUCAUAACACCCCCUUUCUCUCUCUCUCUCUCUCUUCCUUUUCUUUCUUUGCCGUUCUUUCCAUUUCCUUCCCACCAUAUUUACUUCACUACUUUCUUCCUAAUUUCUCUCUCCCGAUUGGACUGGACUUGUCAUAUCAUAUUUUUUGUACACUUCUCAAAUCCCUCUGUCUCUUAUAAUUAAUUCAUAUAAAAUACAAGCAAUACCCAAUAAUUUUCUUGUUCUUUGUCGUCCUACCAUCUUCCCUUUCUUAUUACUAUUCUUCUUCUCUUCAACCUUGAUCCAUUUAUGCUACUCUUUCUUUUUCUUUUCCUUCAUUUGUUGUUGAGGAACGUUAUAUAGUUAGGAGAAGAAAGUAUUGAGAAGCCAAAAGAGAGGGGAGAAAAUGUCAAUGGACUUGACAUCUGAACGUGUUUGGUAUGUUCACUGCAACUUCUGCAACACCAUUUUAGCGGUUAGUGUUCCAUGCAACAGUGCGUUCAACAUCGUGACUGUUAGAUGUGGGCAUUGUGCCAAUCUGCUGUCUGUAAAUAUGGGAACUUCACUUCAAACAGUUCCCAGUCAAGAUGCUCAGCAGAUAACCAUUGAUGAAGAUCAUUCAAAUAAGGAAUGUGGGUCGUCUUCCAAAUGCAACAAGUUUUCUGCAGUUGAUUCUACAGAGCAAGAAGCAACUAGAAUGCCACCUAUUCGCCCCCCUGAGAAGAGACAACGUGUUCCUUCUGCAUAUAACAGGUUCAUUAAGGAGGAAAUCCAAAGGAUCAAAGCUAGUAAUCCAGACAUCAGUCACAGGGAAGCUUUCAGCACAGCAGCAAAAAAUUGGGCACAUUUUCCUCACAUUCACUUUGGGCUAAAGCUGGAUGGAAGCAAACAAGCAAAACUUGACCAGGGAUAUGCAGAUCAGGGUUCUCAAAAGUCUAAUGGGUACUGCUGAAACACAAUGGCAUCCUUGUGAGUAGAAGACAGUUACCGUUAUCAUCAUAUCGUAUCAUAUAUAUAAUAAAUAUAUCAUAUGUUUAAACAUUAAAUGUGUGCUGGUUUUCACAUUUUAUCCCUUAGAUGUAAUUCCUUUCUGCUGUAGUGAUUGCAUUUAUAUAUGUUUAAUUCAGAUGGUAAUUUCAAGCGGAAUUAUAUUAAAUGUGUAAUUUCUUUUUAUUAACAAUAAUGGUGAGGUCUUAACCUCUUAUCCC